CGCUAUGGAAUAGAAACAACCUAUUUUAAUGUUGGUCUCAAAUCGUCACUAAAUUUUCAAAUUCUGGGACUUCAUAACCAUCAAGUUUAAAUUAUUUCGUCAGCAUCGUGACAAUCGUGACUUCCAGAUCAGAUAUGGAUCCUCCACAGGGUAAAAGGCCUCAAAGACAAGCUGCUACAAAGCAAAAAACGUAUGUACAAUCUACUCGUAAGGGCCAAUCCGUUUCCACACGGAACAGCCCGCCAAAUUCAAACUCUAACAUGUCUAACACACGGCCUACAAGCCCGGUGAGAAGUGCAGCCUCCGCCUCAACCCCAGAAAACAGUGACGGAGAACCACAGGAAGAUGACGUCAUCGCCAUGGCGCGUGGCGCCAUAUCUGGAACCGAUCAGCCUUCUACUCUGCACAUUCCACAUGCCAACGCUGGAUUAUCUACUGCCCUGGAUGAUUAUUUUACGAAAACAACGGCAAGAUUCGAGAAGAUGAUAAAGAGUGCAGUAGAUAGCUUCGUCGGAAAGUUGCAGCAAUUGGAAGCUAAGAUGGAAGCAUCGUUUGAGUUUGAGCGUAAGCGAGUGGAUGACCUGACGGAAAAUCAAAAUAGAAUGAAGACCAAAAUAGAAUCAAUGGAAAAGGAAAUCAGUGAGCUUCGCCUAGAAGUCCAGCGCAAUAAAGUGGCUGUAAAUAGGAGUGAAAGAUUCUCUAGGAGAAAUAAUGUCAGAUUAGUUGGCAUCCCAGAAGUUCCUCAAGGGGAACGCGAAGAUCCCGUCACCAUGGUGGAGGAAAUUCUUCACUCCAAAUUUAAGGUGAAAACGAAAGUUGAAAGAGCCCAUCGUGAUGGUAAGAAGGUUGAUGGUCGUCCAAGACACAUCCUCUUGAAGUUCCUGUCUUACAGAGAGAAAAUAGAUGUCAUGCGUCGUGCCCGCGAGACCCUGAAAGAUGAAACAUAUUUUAUGACAGAUGACCUCACACCAACAGAUCUGGAAGAGAAAAAGAAAUGGAUCAAACAAGUUCAAGAACUGUACAGUAAAGGAACGAAACUCAGAUUCUACUCUGGUAAAUGGCGACAGGCUGGUGGCAUCCCCUUCAAUUUUGUGUGAGUAAUAAAACCGAAUAAAGUCAGAUGUGAUGAUGAAAUGGUUACAGACAAUGUUUUGUUUAUUUUUUGUGUUUCAUAAACUUUCGUAAACAUGUAUGCCAAAUACAUCAUCACCAUUCUUCAACAGUGUGAACUUAUAUAUUGUGAUACAUCGUGCAAAAAGAAAAUGAGACGUUUGAAAUAUAAUUUCAGGACUAAAUGCUUAAGUUGUAAAUUCAGCUGUAGUGAAAAGGAUAAGUG